AUGGCUCCUCUUCAAGUUCUCUCUGUCUUUGUAGCAUCUUUUAUCUUCAUGCAAACCAUGGGGAACUCUCAGACAUGCCCGGAUUGUUUCACUCGUUCUCGUGCAGGCCACUAUCCAAAUUCAGAAGAAAAAGGAACAGAAACUGGGAGUUGUGGAUUUGGUACUUUUGGAGCAACAGUCAAUGGCGGAGAUGUCUCAGCAGCAUCAGAACUAUAUCGAAAUGGUCUAGGAUGUGGUGCAUGUUAUCAGGUGAGGUGCACCGAUAGUAACUACUGUUCUGAUAAAGGAGUGACUAUAGUCGUAACAGACCAAGGUGCAGGAGAUCGCACAGACUUUAUUCUAAGUCAGCGAGCCUUUGCUCGCAUGGCUCAGACAACAGAUGCUGCUGCUUCAAUAUUGCAACUUGGUGUGGUGGAUAUUGAGUACAGAAGGGUCUCAUGCACCUACCCGGACAAAAAUAUUACAAUCACUAUUGAAGAGAGCAGCAACAAUCCUCAUUACUUGGCUUUUGUGCUAAGGUAUCAACAAGGCAAAAGUGAUAUUACAGCCGUGCAAUUAUGUGAGACACAAAAUUUUGUAUGUAAGCUGUUGGACAGGACACAUGGAGCAGUGUGGACUACUACUUCACCUCCAAGGGGACCUCUGAAAAUCAGAAUGCUAUUGAGUGUUGAUAAUGGAGAUGAGACAUGGGUUGUUCCUGUCAAUAAUAUACCUGAAAACUGGAAAGCUGGUGACACAUACGACUCAGGAAUACAAGUUGAUGCAUAA